AUUUGUAAAGAAAGCUAAAGUUUAUUAUCCGCAAAGUAAUGCAAGUAUCUCUGUUUUUUCUUACUUCUUUUUUACUUCUCAACUGCGCCCCACUUUCUUCGUCCUAGUCGAAGUGAAUGUUCAGUGAAUCCCCCGUCACACGACGAUAAAGUCGCAAUAGAGGAGGGGCCACUAACAUAAGGAAAUAAGAUUCCCGCACAGUUAUAUUCAGUUAUUUCAUUUAAAUCAAUCGGUAGACCAUCUCUGGACUAACAAUAAAUGAAAGUGCAAAACUAAGACUGAAUUACAUAUGUACAGUGUCUGUUGUUACGUAGUGAAAGAAUGUAAAAUCUGCAAAAUUAAAAAGAAAGAAAAGUGUAUUUAUUAUCACAUAAUUUUAAACGAUUUAUAUAAAUCAAUUGUUAUAUUUCAAUGAAUUCUUCAAAAUUGAACAUCAUGAAAAUUAUAUAUUUAAAAACUUUUUUAAGGUUUCAGGUAUAAAUUGUGGAAGAAAUAAAAUUAUAGAUCUUAUUCGGAUAUAUGAAUUUGAUCUAUGGACGACUAUUUUUUAUAAAAUUAAAAUGAAUUCGACGAAUAUGAUAAUAUUCUUUUUCCUAACAUUAUUUAUCAGCAGUUUACAAAAGCCUAUUUUUUUUAAAAAUACCUUCAAAGGAUUGCGAGGAAUUACGUCGGAACUUAAUUGUUUAACAUACGUGAGAGCGGUUUAUUAUUACGAGCAAACUGUUGCUAUCGUUGAUCUCACAGUUAAUAACGUAUUACACGAUUGUAAUCUUAUCGAAAUAUAUGAACCAGAAGAAGCUAACGAAGUACUUCGAAAUCUAUCACUAACUGUAAAUCCACAGAAAGUGUCUUUUCAGCAGAUGAUAAAACUUAUGCAACAAUGUGAAACUUUGGAUAGCUUACAGUCUCAAGAAUUAUCUAUUUCUGAAGAUACGCGAAACAAAAAAAGUUAUUCUCGAAUAAGCUCAUUAACAUUAUUAUCAGGAAUUAUACCAGGAACAAAAUGGUGUGGAACUGGAGAUAUAGCUGAAAAUUAUCACGAUUUGGGUCAAGAAGCAAAUAUUGAUAGAUGCUGUCGCAAUCAUGAUUUAUGCCCUGUAAAAGUAAGAGCUCAAACAUCACGUUACAAUUUAAAUAAUAAUUCUUUAUAUACUAAAUCACAUUGUAGUUGUGAUCAAUUAUUUUACAUCUGUUUGAAAGCUACAAAAAAUUCACUUGCUGAUCUCAUGGGUAAUAUAUAUUUUAACAUUAUAAAAGUACCAUGUAUAGAAGAUAUUUCAAGUCAAUGGAACCAAGAAUCUGAAAAGCAAUUUAUUCCAGUAAAAACAAAGUAUUAGCCUUCUUUAAUGGAUUUUUGUUACUGUAAAAUCUCUCAAUUUUAAACACGAUAUAAAUAAAUAUUAUCAAUAAAAACAAAUUACACGUA